AAUCAUAUCAUCGUCUCUCUCUGUAACGGUGAACGACGAAGAAUGUGUCCAAGAGUACGUUCUUUACGAAGGCGACACUGUUUCUGGAAACUUCGUCGUCGUUGAUCAUGAUAUCUUCUGGGGUUCAGAUCAUCCUGGUUUGGAUUUCACGAACAAAUUUCAUGAGCUUGUUUCCUCAUCCUUCUGUUGGUAGCAAUGUUGAAGAGCUUGUCUACAAGAAUAUCCGCUUCGAGGUUUGGGAUCUUGGUGGGCAAGAUAGACUAAGAACUUCAUGGGCAACAUACUAUCGUGGAACACAUGCUGUGAUUGUGGUUAUCGAUAGCACAGACAGAGCUCGAAUCUCUUUCAUGAAAGAUGAGCUCGCCAGGAUACUUGGUCACGAGGAUCUUCAAAACUCGAUCAUACUUGUGUUUGCAAACAAACAGGAUCUGAAAGACGCCAUGACUCCUGCUGAGAUCACGGAUGCACUUAACCUUCACAGUAUCAAGAACCAUGAUUGGCAUAUUCAAGCAAGUUGUGCAGUUACUGGAGAAGGGUUGUAUGAUGGGCUCGGUUGGAUUGCCCAGAAAGUUACCGGUAAAGCCACGAGUUAAGGGAAAUGAGAAACUGAAUCAGAGAGAGAAUUCAUUCUUCUUUGUUUCUUUUGUCUGCUUCAGCUGUUCUUUUAACACUGUAUCCUCAUGACUUUUAUGUAACAAGCUUCAGUUAUUUUGGUUGCUAUCAUUGAAACUGUGUCCAGAAUUAUUAAAAUCUGAAAGAAAAGAAUCUUGUUUUGUGUCGGAUU